ACGCUCCCCAACAGAUGAGCGAAGGGCCACUCAACGAGCGCCCCUGUCCCUCAAGUAUUGUUAUUGUCGCGAGUGGUCAUUCUGUGUCAAUAUUUUAAUUGGGUUCUCUUCAUCUGACAGUCUGCCUACUUUGACUGUCCACCGCCAGUGUUAUCCGUAAUCGAAAGGGACAUGAUAUUGCAAUGAGUAAGGACGCUAAAACAGACAAGAGUUUUCCUGAGAAAUUUAAACGAUGGUUUCGACUCGAACGAGGGAAUAUACCUGGAAACCGGGAGAUACGGUUAACAGAAGAAUUGCGAGCUGAGCUUGGGAGUGAAUCACCAACAUCCACCCGAAUGAAAGCUAUCAAAGAACUCAAUGAACUGCUAGCUUCACGAAAAUUAGAAGAAAAUGGUAUUGAAAAGUUAUGGUUGCUGGUUCAGGACUUACUUUCUCUGACUAGUCCAGCUGAACAUCGUCAUGCAACACUUCAGAUGCUUACGACAUUAACAGCUGCACACGCACAUGACCGUCUAGGGGCCAUGAGACAUGUUUUUUAUAAUUAUAUUGCAGAAAAUUAUCAGCAUGAAGAGAUACGUCCUAUGUUUGACUUCUUCCGAGAAGUAGUUUCAGAUGGAAAGCAGUUGGAGUACAUAGAAGAAUUAGCUGGCCCUUUUUUAUUAGAAUGGUUGCCUUUUGUGUUGGCAUCUCCACAGACUGCAGAUGCUCUAAAUCUUCUAGUAAAUUUGGUCAAAUUUAAUGCUGCCUACCUUGAUGAAACAGUGGUGACUGGUUAUGUCAAGCAGGUGGUGCUUCAGUUGCUCCAGGCACACAAUGAAGCAGAGGCAUUACUCUGCCUUCGAGUUCUUGAUGCAGUUUUGGCUUAUUCCUACUUGCCAUCACCAGCUCUACCAACGUUUAUUACUGCUCUUACAAGGGCUGUUAACGUCCCACAGUUGACUCAAGAAACAUGGAAGAUUAUGCGUAAUCUUCUUGGGACACACUUGGGCAAUAGUGGGCUCUACGUUCUGUGUCGCCUGAUUCAAAGCAAUGGCGAUCCACACAUGGUUAGAGGAGCCAUCUUCUUUCUAACAUCAGCCCUUUGGGGUAAUAAUAAAGUAUCUUCAUUGAAUUACAAGCCAGCUGCAGUAUUGCCUACUCUACAACAGGCUGGAAAGAAUGGCCAUGUGUUGGUUGUUUAUGAAGUGGCACUUAGUAUUCAGAAGCUUGUAUCAAAGUUGUCUCUAGAACUUCACCUCUCGUCGUGGGAUCUCCUUUUGGACACACUUGCUAAUCUUUUUGAACACCAUGUUUCUUUGGAGGAGGGCCUGGAGAAGCAGUCUAUCCUUAAUGUACUUAAAGACAUAAUGGAUGUCAUCGAGCAGUUGAUCGAAUUACAACAGUUUGGAGGAUCAUAUGAUAAAUUCUUCUCUCUUGUUGAUAAAUAUGCACAUCUUCGACCAGAAACCUCAGUUCUCAGACUGCUAGACCACCAAGCUCAAGCCAUGGAUCCUCUUCAUCCCCACUGGUUAGCUAAACUUGGUACUCUUCUCAAUCAGUACUAUUGCCAUGACCCAAGACCAGCUGUAAGAACAAAGGCACUGGCCAUCUUGUCAGAUGUGUAUAACAACAACAGGUACCUCUAUGGCACAGACAUGGUGAGGAAUGUGGUAACCAUCCAAAUGGAGGGUAUUGAAAAAGAGCGUAAUGUUGGUGUGAGAACAGCAGCAGUAAAUCUUCUUGUACACAUUGCUGUGACACAAAGGUCUUCUGUUGUUCCAGAUAUUCUUUCUUUAUUAGAAAAGAUUAUCAUUGCUCCUUACAAUAACACAAAAGAAAAUGACCAAGUGUUACGUGAGAGUGAAGCUGCAGAUGUCAUUGCAGCUGUUGCUGGUUUAAUAAGAAUAUUUAAAAAGAAAUUAUGGGAAUUGCCUUCAAUACAUGCAAUUCAAGCUUAUAAGAUCCUGAUUUUGUGCAUGGAGCAUCAUUAUCGCAAGCAGGCCAUAAUGGAUGGCGUUGUCAAGGGUCAGAUGCAGAUCUUUGAAAUGAUAUUUGAAAUGAGGGCAAAUUCAAAGUGUCAAUUGGGAUUCCUAAGUACACCAACUAGAAGCAAUGGAGAGGGAGAGGAUAGUUUUUCCUCUAUGCUACCACAAUACACUCCAUAUGUUUUAGUAAAUGACAAGCAUAGCCAGAGAUUUUCAUCAGCUGAUGAACAAGGUGAAGAUGAUCCAGAGCAGAGGUUAAAUGAUUCUAAUACAGUUAUUGCUUCAGAGACUGCAAAUGAAGACAGUGAUUUAACAUCAAAAGAUUCUACAAUUGUAGUGUCUGGAUCAGUCAUCAAUGUCCAAGGUUGA